CCCGAAGUGCGCUCGUAUUUCGAGGAGUGCGGUCCCGGCAGCGACCGGUAAGUCUUCACCGUAAGACCGCCGGAUCGAUCGGACGGUCAGUGGAGUUUGUUCAAGACGCGUCUCUUUCCGCGGGGGGGUGGGGGUGGAAAAAGCCUCUCUCAAAAGGCGUUUGAAAUCGGACACCGCUUGGCUUUGAGGCCCUCACUUUUACGCGGAGGGAUACGUUGUUGCGUCUGACAAUGUGGACGGAGGUGGUGAAGAUGUCUACUAGAAGAAUGAAAUCAUCUCAAUUGUAACAACAUAAAGGAAGACGCCAGAUUAGUAACUAUUAUACAAUUGUUUGCACACAGACUUAUAACAGUGUCACACACGUGGGCGCUGUGUGAAAACCAGAUAUACCGGAGCAAAGAAAGGAAAAAAAAAGGAAAGACAAUCCAGCCUGAGCCAAUGCGUUUCAUGCACUGAGGUCGAAAAUUCUCUUGAAGUUUUUUUUUUUGUUUUUUUGUUUUUUUCCCUUUGCGAGUCUCCGCUUUUUCCCUUUUUCCCUGCUGGAUAUCAGACACAACGAAGUGGCAAGGGUUUGUUAGAGACUGAAGGGAAUGAACGAGCAGCAGCAGCAAAGAAUGGCUGCAGUGGGAACAGACAAGGAACUCAGCGACCUCCUGGAUUUCAGUGCGAUGUUCGCACCUCCUGUGGCCAAUGGAAAGAACAGACCAACAACGCUCGCAAGCAGUCAGUUUGGUGGAUCAGCUUUAGAUGAGCGCAGCGGCUCCGGGUCAUGGGGAUCAGCAGAACAGAACAGCCCCUCCUUCAGCCAGGGACGGGGUUAUGAAGGAUCCCACUACAGUGAACACGAAGGUCUGUCCUCCCCAUUCAUCAGCUCAGGGAUCACAGGUAAAAACGAGAGGCCACCGUAUACGUCCUUCAGUGGGCAGCCUGGCUUCCUCCCCAGCGACAUAGCGAUGCCCAGCCCAGAUGCCAUGUCCCCCUCUGGCCUGAAGCCUGGCUCACAGUUCUACCCAUCCUACCCCAACAACCCCAGGAGACGACCCCCUGAAGGAAACAUAGAUACCCAGCCAAAGAAGAUCCGGAAACCCCCUGGCCUGCCGUCCUCGGUGUAUGCUUCUACGUCCGGUGAUGAGUAUGCCAGGGACAAUGGAGGAUAUUCUGGUGCCAAGCCUGGAGCUGUCUACCCUAGCUCUUUCUAUAUGCAAGAAGACCCCUGGUCUUCUUCUGGCUAUUCUGCCAUGCUGGGCAACUCCCCUCACAUGGGACAACCUGGAUCCUUCUCUGCCAUCAACCCACAAGAUAGGAUGAAGCGUCAUCCCCUGCCUCUGUCCCCACAGAACUAUCCUGUGCAUGGCAGCGAGGUCAACGGCUUCCACACAGCCCCCACUACCUACAACCACACAUCCACCAUCAACGGAGACGGCAUCAUGGCCAACAGAGGCACAACAGCUGGCAGUUCAGGAGAUGAGAUCGGAAAAGCUCUGGCCUCAAUCUACCCCUCGGACCACAACAGCAACAACUUCUCCUCAGCUCCCUCCACUCCGGGGUCUCCCCAGGGUAUUUCAGGAGCUCAGUCUCAGUGGCAAAGACCAACCACACCCAACUACGAAGGGCAGCCACAUGCGCUGCAGAACAAAAUGGAGGAUCGUUUGGAGGAGGCCAUUCAUGUAUUGCGUAGCCAUGCAGUGGGCCAGGGCCCCGGCUUGGGGGGCGCCCACUCCGACAUGCAUGGCCUGCUCAGUGCUGUGUCUUCGGUACACAACGGAGGCCUGGGAGGCCUUUCCCCAGCCUUUUCCAAUGCUGGCCUGGCCCUUAGUAACAGACACCCUGCUAUGGGGGGGAAUCAUCACGAGGAGCCCACAGGUCUUCCUCCCAGCAGCACUCUGCUGCAUGGUCACCACGCGUCAGGACCCACACAGUCUGCCGGCCAACCAGAGGGCUUCACUAGUCUCCCCGGCGGUGUUGCCCGUUCCACACACUCCUCCAGCAGCUCGGAUAUCAAGAGAGAAGAGAAGGAGGACGACGAGAACUCGUCCAAUGCAGAAAAGUCCGAGGAGGAGAAGAAAGAGACCAAGCUGGCGCGCACUCGGUCAAGAAAGGAGGCGUUGACCCUCCAGAUCCUCUCUGGCCUUUCAGACCAGAAUGAUGACAGCAAUGACAACGAGGACGAUGAGGACGUUCCCCCAGAGGUGAAGAUGGAGCGCGAGAAGGAGCGGCGGGUGGCCAACAAUGCCCGCGAGCGUCUGCGAGUGCGGGACAUCAACGAGGCGUUUAAGGAGCUUGGCAGGAUGUGCCAGCUGCACCUCAGCAAUGACAAACCUCAGACGAAACUUCUCAUCCUGCACCAAGCCGUCAACGUCAUCCUCAACUUGGAACAACAAGUCAGAGAACGCAACCUGAACCCCAAGGCAGCGUGUCUUAAAAGGCGUGAGGAGGAGAAGGUAUCUGGGGUGGUGGGAGAAGCACCCAUGCAGCUCUCAGGAGGCCAUCCUAGUCUAGGGGGAGAUGGCCACAACCCAGUCAGCCACAUGUAACAUGAGAUCUGGUGGGAUUUCCUUGGCUCUCAACGGAUGUGGCCUUAACAGAUUCUUCCACCCAUUCUUCUCAGUGUGUCUGUAGAUAUGGACGUGUCUGUGUAUUGCCCUUUUCAGUUUCAAGAUGCACAUUCACACACUCUUGUACACACAUGCGUACUGCCAAAACUGACACAGCCUAUUUGCCGCACUCCUGACCAUAACUACCAGCUCAAAUGUGAAGAACUUUCAGUUUCGUUUUGUUUAGUUUUUAUACAUGCAAGUUUUAUUUUUUGGCUUCCAUAUCAUGGUGGAACACCAGAGUACUAUUGUCCUGCCACAAACUGGGACAUUACACACUGCCGAGAGGUGCUCUGGUGAAAGAGAAGAGACCUGACAAACAACAAAUUUAAUCAAGGAUUUGUGCCUAAUUGUUACUUGUUUUCUAUGAGACAUUUAAGCAAAUUGCUUUACAUGUGAGGAACAUUAAUUGUAAGGGAUUGCUUAUGUGUAUGAGCAGUUAUUUUUAAUAUAGUAUGUCAUUCCCUGCGUGAUGGUACAGUCUUACAUAUGUUAUGUAACCAAGCCCGUGGCUGACAUCGAAUUGUUGUAAGUUUUGCCACUUUUCCUUGAGCUUAUCUGCAAAAUGUUUGGGGAAGGGUCAAAAGAAAGAAAGAAAAGUCCCAAGGAAAAAGGUCUAAAAUGUUUUGACAAUUCAAACCCAGCCUAAAUUAAUGACAGGGACUCUGACCGACCGACAGGCAGGGUUUUACGAGGCCCUGUCUUGUGCAUCUUAAGAGUUUGAGGGAAGACUCCUUUCUGGAAAGUUGGGAUUUAUCCAGAGUGGUAGAAUCAGUCAAGUUCACAACUGCUCUUUCUUUGUAUUGACCACACAUUCUUGCGUUAAUCCACUACUCCCUUGUCAUAGGUUCAUGUGGUACUGUUGCUUUAGUUAUUAAAGCAUAGGCGGACAACACAAAGCACAGUUGUAUAUAACAGGCUGAAAGUUAUUGGGCUCUGCUUGCAUUGCAUUUCAAUUCCUUUUUUAAUUCUGGUAAAAGAGCCAUUUGCAACACUUGCUAAGUUAUCAGCACUAUAGAUGUUCAUUACUUGAAAUGGUUCCCUGACAAUACCAGCACAAAUAAAGCUCAAGUCUUUGCCCCUUAAAUGACAUUCUGAACAGACUACAAAAUGUAGUGUCUGUUUAAUAAGAGAAUCUUAAUAGUCGGCCAUUGUAGUUGCAGACGAGCCUUUGCACAGAAGGCUUUAUUAUUUUCCUAACGUGAGCAUUCCCACUGAAACACUUCGCCCCUCACCUUCCAUAUGAGUAUAUUGUUCUCAUGUUUUUCCUACUGAGACAAGUCUGGUGUGUAAAUUCAAUUCAUCUAUACAUUACUCUAUUGUUUCACGUUGAGCAAAAUUAAAUAUAUAUAUAUAAGAAUAUAUAUUUUUUGUUAGUCUAUACAUUGUAGAUUUCUAAAUAACAAAUGGCAAUAUUAGUUUGAAGUUUAUAGCGUAUUGUAGAUGAGCCGAAUGGGGGGAGGGGGGGUGUUUGACAUUUAAAUGAAAUUGUUCAAAAAAUCAAUUCAAUAUUUGGAGCUGUCUGCUUUGCUCUGCUCGGAUGGCAGAAAAGAAUCAAUCUACGGUAAAUGUUAAAUGUGGUAAGCCUUGGGUAUAUCCUCUAUUCCAUGAGUUGGUUAUCUGAAAGGUGGCCUAAUGGCCUAAAAAAAAGUUUUGUAGUUUUAUUAAAUCAGAGAGGAAGUGUAUUGUCAGUUUUCCAGAUGAAUUCUUUAUCUCAGUUUGGGAAUAUGUGGAUGGAGUGUGUGCACCACUGAUCUAUUGAAGUGUUCUUACUCUAGAGGUGAGGCACCGCAAGGCACGAUGAGGGAAGGGAUUGUUGUCUCUCCUGACAGAAAUUAUGCAACUGGUUUUUGAAUGUAGCUACCAUUCAAAUACGGACGGCCUUCAUUUUUAAAUCACGUUCCAAGGUUUUGUCAGUGCCGUAUUAUAAUUUUCAUUUCAGCAAUCCUGUUGUUUUUUUUGUUUUUUUUUUUUUUCCUUCAGAAGUCUGCACUGUAUGAAGUGGUUGUUAGCGUGCAGCUCCCUCCAGUAUCCUGCACAUGUGUUUUGGAGGCAGAUGUCGGUAUUUGAGUGUAAGAUAGAAGGUAAUGAGAACAAACAGUGUUAUUGAUUGUGAUUUUUAUUCCCAUUUUGUCUCAUGUGGUGAAUGAUCCUUACCAGCAUGUAAUCACAGAUGGAAGGUGGGAAAAAAAUGUCCUGUGAUCAUAGUAUUGUUGAAUGAUCUAAGUUGAAUUUCUAGAAAAGGAGACGGAAGAGAAAAACCUAUACAAAUCAAUAGUGUGGCCUUUUCAUUCUCAAGACUUAAGAUGUCAUGAUGGGAGAGUGAUACUUUAUCAGUGCCUGAACUUUUAUUUUCAUUUAAGACAGUUUAUUUUGUAAACCAUAUCAUUUCAUUGAUCACAGAGAUUAGUGGUACCUGUUCAUUCCCUACCCCCUUCCCCCCUAUGCUUUUUUCAGUUUUCAGGAAGAAGUUUAAAAUGGUAUAAAGAGAAUUUUUUUUUCAUUGUAUGUAGUUAAAUAAAUAAAUGAUAUUUAGAUGUUGUUUAGUUUUUAUUCCUGUCUUCUAAUUAUUCAACUGGAUUAUGACCUUAUUGUCCAAACUGCUGUUUUAGUUAUGGGCGUGAAUUCAGGUCAUGAAUUAUCUUUAUAUCUGCCCCAUAUUCCUAAACCACUCAACACUACUGGUUUCAUAAGAGAUGCUGGUGUCGGCUCUCAUCUGUUUUUGAUGCACAUCAACGUGUCUGCAUAUGAGUGGCUUGAGCUUUGAUGUAGGAAGCUGUUUUUAUUUUUGAGCCAUAGUAACUGGAAGUGCUUUUCAUACCAAGCAGAAAUUUUAGUUUUUUGAACAACAGCGUGCAACUCCUCUGCUGCAUUUUCUCUCAGUAACAAGUCUUCAGUGACUUAAUUCCAUUACAUUUCUACUCUUUUCACUAUUCUGAAUGCCAGCACCUUCAUGGCUCUGACAUUGACUACUUGUAAGAGGUUUUGUGUACUUCUUUCAAAGGGUUGUAUUAAACUUUUUGUUUGUUUGUUUGUUUUUAUAGGAUCAAUAUGUGUACUUAAAAUAACGAAUUUGUUUUUGGGGAAAUAGAUUUGGUGUUAAGUAUACUCCGAACAACCCACACUGACAACAACCUGUAGAUACAAAUUGUAUUUUCAGUUCUUUGAAAGAGGAAAUGUGGAGGGUCUGUUGUUAUUGUGUCACUUGAUGAGGCUCGACACACACACACACACACACACUCUCUUUGAAAACUAAAGGUAGACAUUCUCCUGUUGCUCGUUAUUGCGGGAAGAUAAUGUAACAGCCAAUUCUAAUGUUGCUGGAAAGUAUUUAGUUGAUGGGUUUGAAUCUCAUUUAUUUCAGUAUAUGAAAGCAAUAAUAAAAACUUGCUUUCAGCCAUCAGUUUUGUCAGAUGUUUUCCAAAUUAAAAAGGGAAAACUUUCGAGUGUUCAAACAUUCACAGCUACAGAGCUUGACAUUUUACAGUUGGAGCGAGGACCCAGUUAGGACUGCUGCAGUGUCCUCAGUGCCUCCAGUCCCAGGCUCCUUUCGUUGUUUUGUUUAUAUAUAUAUAUAUAUAUAUAUAUAUAUAUAUAUAUAUAUAUAUAUA